AUGGAUUUCACAACGGGAUCUCUGUCCCAUGGCAAGGACCACCAUGACAUUUUGGACAUGGUGACAGCCGAUAUGGACUUUGAACAAGCAUUCAUGAUGUACAAUUCACUUCAACAAAAGCAAGCUCAAAGUUCAAUAGAGCAAUUACAAAAGGUGCAAAUGUUGAAUCAAAGUUAUAUUCCAGAAACUGAUCAUCAACAUUAUGGAAGCCAUGACUUUUCCGAUCAUCGUAGUCAAAUUUUGAAUACCCAAACCUAUCCAACUAGUCACCGGUUUGAUGCCGAGGAUGACGAAGACGAUGAUAUGGAAGAACAUAAUGAAUUUGAUCAGUUCUUUUCCAAUACAGAAGCAAAUGCCUUGGACAGCUUUUUGGAUAACUUGACUAACUCAACUAAUCCAUUACAAUUUUAUAAUAUCGGAGGAAGUAGUUCCCAUACUCAUCAGGAAUUGCCUAUAUUCGACUUACACACAAUGAAGGAACAGCAAAAGGUGCUGGUAGAUCAUGAGAAUCUUCGACAGGAAUUGACGGAUGCAUUCAGUCAUCCUUCACUUAAGGGUCUUAAUCUUAAUUCCGGAUCAUCUUCAUCUUCAUCUUCAUCUUCAUCAUUAUCAUCAUCAACCAAUAUUAAUCCUCAUAAUAAUGAUAGUGAUAUGUUAACUCCUCCUUCAAGUGAUGUUGAAAGUAAACGGUUCAGAUCCGGUACCCUCGGAGUCAUUGACGGAACUCCAAUCAAAAAGAAGAGAAGAAGUUCAACCAAACCCCUUCUUUCUUUGGAACAAAAAAGGCUCAACCAUUCUCAUUCGGAACAGAAGAGAAGACAAUUGUGUAAAUUGGCAUAUCAACGAUGUUUGAAUUUGAUUAUUGAUAUUGAUGCCUUCAACAAACUUCCGGAACUCAAUGAGGCUGAACGCAAAUCAAAGCGAGCCCGGAUCAAUAAAGAAGGAUUACCCAAUUUGUCAAAACACAAUGCUCUUGUUCGUAUUAGUAACGAGAUGCUUCUCAUCAAGGGGAUGAAUGAGAAGUUGGCGCAAUUAAUUGAGCGUUCAUAGUUCAUAAUUCCGGUCUAUUAUAGAGUAUCUACUUCUUCUAUGUAUUAAUGCACGACGUAAUGAAAGUCUAGU